GAAUCUGAAAGCAAAGAGGAAGAGAUCAGAUCGGUCAGUCACCCCAAGAGACACCACAGUUGAAAGUUUGGAAUUAAAAAAAAAGUUUUUUUUUUUCCCCAUUUCCUUUUUCCCCCCUGCGGGUCACUACCAUGGUCAGAAAGCCUGUGGUGUCCACCAUCUCCAGUGGGGCUUACCUGCAGGGCAGUGCUAAUGGGAGGCUGCCUGCCCUGGGCAGCAAGGAGCCGCCUGGGCAGGAGAAAGUUGUGCUGAAGAAGAAAAUCACCCUGUUGAGAGGAAUCUCCAUCAUCAUUGGCACCAUCAUCGGAGCAGGAAUCUUCAUCUCUCCGAAGGGCGUGCUCCAGAACACAGGCAGCGUGGGCUUGUCCCUGGUGGUCUGGACGGUCUGUGGGGUCUUGUCCCUGUUCGGAGCCUUGUCCUAUGCUGAACUGGGAACUAGUAUAAAGAAAUCUGGUGGUCAUUACACAUAUAUUCUAGAAGUCUUUGGCCCAUUACCAGCUUUUGUGCGAGUCUGGGUAGAACUGCUCAUUAUACGCCCUGCAGCCACUGCUGUGAUAUCUCUGGCAUUUGGACGCUAUAUUCUGGAACCAUUUUUUAUUCACUGUGAAAUUCCUGAACUUGCAAUCAAGCUCGUUACAGCUGUGGGCAUAACUGUGGUGAUGGUCCUAAAUAGCAUGAGUGUCAGCUGGAGCGCCCGGAUCCAGAUUUUCCUAACCUUUUGCAAGCUCACAGCAAUUCUGAUAAUUAUAGUCCCUGGAGUGAUGCAGCUAAUUAAAGGGCAAACACAGUAUUUUAAAGAUGCCUUUUCAGGAAGAGAUGCAAGUAUUAUGGGAUUGCCACUGGCUUUUUAUUAUGGAAUGUAUGCGUAUGCUGGCUGGUUUUAUCUCAACUUUGUUACUGAAGAAGUAGAAAAUCCUGAAAAAACCAUCCCCCUUGCAAUAUGUAUAUCCAUGGCCAUUGUCACUGUUGGCUAUGUGCUAACAAACGUGGCCUACUUCACAACCAUUAGUGCCGAGGAGCUGAUGCUCUCAAAUGCAGUGGCCGUGACCUUUUCUGAGCGGCUCCUGGGAAAUUUCUCAUUAGCGGUUCCGAUCUUUGUUGCCCUAUCCUGCUUUGGCUCCAUGAAUGGCGGUGUGUUUGCUGUCUCCAGGUUAUUCUAUGUUGCAUCCCGGGAGGGUCACCUUCCAGAAAUCCUCUCUAUGAUUCACAUCCGGAAGCACACUCCUCUGCCAGCUGUCAUUGUUUUGCACCCUUUGACAAUGAUAAUGCUCUUCUCUGGAGACCUCUACAGUCUUCUGAAUUUCCUCAGUUUUGCCAGGUGGCUUUUUAUUGGGCUGGCAGUUGCUGGGCUGAUUUAUCUUCGAUACAAACGCCCAGAUAUGCAUCGUCCUUUCAAGGUGCCGCUGUUCAUCCCAGCUUUGUUUUCCUUCACGUGUCUCUUCAUGGUCGCCCUUUCCCUUUAUUCAGACCCAUUUAGCACAGGGGUUGGCUUCAUCAUCACUCUGACUGGGGUUCCUGCCUACUAUCUCUUUAUUAUAUGGGACAAGAAACCCAACUGGUUCAGAAGAAUGUCAGACUUUAUAACCAGAACAUUACAAAUAAUAUUGGAAGUUGUGCCAGAAGAAGAUUGUCAUAAAUUAUGAAUUAAUGCAUUUGAAAUCUUGGCGUUCAGUCCUUGGCUUUAUUUCUGCCCAAAGGCUGAAACAAAAAAAAAUGGGUCUUCACUCCUUUUUAUGAAAAUCCAGAGGAUUGCAACUUUGGGGAUCGACUAAAGGAAUCGGUUAUUUCUACUUAAUUUUCCAGUGUUUUCAAAGUGGUUACUAAGAAAUUUAGUUAUUACUCCAUGUAGUUCUAGAAAGCUGAUAUGCAGAUAUACCAUAAGUUCAUAUGAUCACUGAGUUCCCUAUACCUACCUGUUGAGGUUAGGGAAAAAGACUAUAGAAUGUACAAUUACUAUAGUCAUCUUUGUCUGUAAGAUAUCUUAUGGCUAAGAACCUUCAAAUUGAAGACUGAGAUGUUUUCUGCAUAUUGGGGUUUUGUAAAAACAAUUUUUAUAUACUGUAGAUGACUGUACUGUGAAAAUUGUUUUCUACUCUUUUGGGUAAAGAAAAGUGUGUAUCAUCGUUAUGGACAGUGGAAAGAAAUUUAUUUUACAUAGGCAUAGCAUUGCUUCCCAUAGAUACCAACUUAGAUAUCAUUCAUGUUUUAAAGGAUUAUAUCCAGAGCAUUUUGAACAAGAACAGAGUGGGUAUGCCUAAUUUUAAUGAAUCCAUUAAAGAAGAGCUUCUAGGGGUUAUUGUUUAGGAGGCAAAUCCAGGAAUUAUGUUUAAGCAAAAAAAUAUCCUUGAGAAUAUCAUGUUAGGAUUUUUUUAUUCAUUCAUUAUCAGGAAGCUCCAUGGAUACAUGCCAUUUUGUUUUCAUGGUAGCCUAAUUAGCCAAUUAGCCAAUUGAUCAGGAGAAGAUGUAGCACCUUUCUUAGAGUAAAGCAAUAGUUAGUUUGGUAUUAAAUUCUCUUAAGCACAGUUAUAUGUUUCACUAAUAAUUUACUGUUUGAUAAAUGUGUCUAAAUAUGUGCCUUUUAAAUCUUCAAAUUAACAAUAUCAACAGAAGACAGAAAUCACCAAGAGAGAAAAUGUCCAAAAUAUAUUGCCCAGAUCUAUGGUUCUAUAUACAUUGUUAGUGAUUCUGAAUAAUAUUUUAAUUUCAAAGCUGUUUUUACAUGGUGAUGAAUUUUGACAGUUUGUACCUUUUCUCUUUGGGCAAAACUGUCCAGAUCAAUUAGGAAAAGACAUAUGCAGGAGGCUCGGGUUCAGUCCCUGGGUUGGGAAGAUCUGAAGAAGGAAACAGAAACCCACUCCAGUAGUCUUGCCUGGGAAAUCCCACAGAGGAGCCUGGCAGGCUACAGUCCAAGGGGACUCAAAGGGUUGGACGUGACAGCAUGCACGCAUGCUAAAGAAGAAAUGUCACUGCUAAAUAAGAUUUACAAUUGAUGUUUCUAAAAAAAUUUUCCAUUUCUGUAUUUAGGAUUGGUCAGUAAUCUCAGUAAUCUCUUCACCUUAAUUAUCAUUCAACUUGUGAAAGAGAUGACUAAUAACAAAUUCGUGGAAAGAAACUGCAUGCAGUGUAUAUAUUCAGACAGGUAUUGUCAUGCUAGGUUUAGAAAACAUUGUGGAAUUUUCAAAUAAGAAUACUAUAAUGAAAUUUCUUAACUCUUACUUAAGUCUUGGAUUGAAUAGUCACAGCCAGAAUAUUUUUCAUUCUUUAAUUUUUGUCCAUUUGAAAAAAAGAAGUUUUGGAAAAAUUAUACUGAUUAAAAUUAGUAACAGAUAUCGAGUUCAUAGGCAGUUGAUAAUAAUUUGAAACAAUUACAAUUCAUUAACUUUCAUUUCAUCAAUUUCAAUUGCAAAAUUUAAUUAAUUAAAUUUCCAUUUAAUGUAUAUCUGAGAUUGAAAUUUUUUUGCCCAAACCUAGUGUUUGGGUCUUUAGAUGAAUUUAUAAAAAUUCCUUCCUUUUCUCUUACCAUAGGUUCUUAAAAUUGGAUAUGAAAUUUAUACUUCUUAUAUCCUUUUGUCUACAUCUCUUCCCACUGAAUAUUUGCUAAAAGUAAAAACAAAUUUCUUGUAUACUAUUUUUUAUAGUCUAGGCCCAUAUAAUCUAAACUAGCAAACUCUUCUGGAAUUUUUUUUUUCCCUAAUGGGAAAAAAGUAAUGGUGAAGCAUCAUGGAGAAGUUUGUAUACUUGAUUAUUCCUGACGUUACUGUACUUAUAUCAACAGUGACAGAUAGGUCUCCUCAUUUUAUUUUUUCUUUAGUUUUGGUUCUAGUUUCUAUUUUAAAGGACUUCCCUGGUGGCUCAGAUGGUAAAGCAUCUGCCUACAAUGCGGGAGACCCACGUUCGAUCCCUGGGUUGGGAAGAUCCUCUGGAGAGGGAAAUGACAACCCACUCCAGUACUCUUGCCUGGAAAAUCCCAUGGAUGGAGGAGCCUGGUAGGCUACCGUCCAUGGUGUCGCAAAGAGUUGGACACAACUGAGCGACUUCACUUUCUCUUUUUAAUAUAUCAUUGUACAAAUUGACUAGAUUGCACAUUAUUUUCAUCAUUUUAAAAAAUGAUUUUAUCAUUGUUGAAUUUCUAAUUGCAAUGCCAUUUUAAUCAGAUGGAAAGUCAGUUAGCAAUUUUUUUAAAGUGAUGAUUAAUUUGUAUUUCUACUUAUUCUUAAGAUACAUCAUGACAAGACACAGGCCUUCUGUAAUCAUUCAUUUAAUAUUCACAUUUAUUUGAAAUGGUUUUAUGUCAGGCAGAUUCUAGUUUGAAAACUCUCCUACACACUUUUUUGUAUAUGUGUAUUUUUAUACUAAAUAUUUUUUUCUCAUAUCUUUAGGAAAAUUUUUUCUCAUAUAUAUUUUUUAUAUAUUGAACUUUUGUAUGUGAUAUAUUUGUACCAAUGUACAUUUUCAAAUGUUUAGAUACAUUUUAUCAGUUUAUUAUAACCCAAAAAGUAUAAGUAGACAGUAUAGUUUACAACAACUUAUAUAACAUUUUCAAAUGUUCUGCUUUUUUGGUACAUAGAUUCUCAAGUGUUUAAUUAUGAAUUAAAUAGAUCUAGUAAUGACUUCCAAAGCUCAAGCAGUCUGAUAGAUGAAAUGGAAUGACACUCCUCACACAAUUAUGAAUAUUUCAGUAAAAAUUUUUGACCCCCUUUAAAAAAUAUUGGAUUAUUUUUCUGAGAAUUUUUUCUUCUGUGUAAUGAAGAAAACUGACCAUUAUGAUUGGUGUCUUGGUCAGCUAGAAGUAAACUCCCUUCUUGUCUUUCAUUAGGAGAUUAAAGAGUUGUCUUAGAAAAGAUGGCCAAACUUAAACAUUAGAUGUGUGUAUAUACACAUUUGCAUACGUACUUGUAUCUAUCCCACUUGUGAGGUGCAAAGUUAGGGCAGAGUAUUAGCUUACAUUAGCAGUUCAUGGUGGUUUCUCUAACACUAAGAUAAUAUACGUUGAAGCAAGUUUCUAGAUUGUUUUGUGUGUCUGGUACAAUUGUUUCCCCACUGCUAUUUGAUACAUCAACAUGGUUAACAUGAGUAUAAUUACAUAACUCAAAUAGAAUUCUAAGUUGAACUGAAUCAGUCUUCAGGAAACUCAUUAUCUCUAGUAUUUGAGAUGUAUGUAAUGCCAACUUAGAAAGGGCAUACCUUUGACCUGUAGCUGAUUUCUUACAGUCAAGGAAUGGGUUAUGAAGAGAUAGAAACUGAUAGAGGGUAGGAGGAAAUGAAAGGUAGUGUGUGAUUGGAGGUAGCAAUAUUCUGGUCUAACAUUAUGCAAUAUAGUCAGAGAAAUUUGUAAAAAUUAACUGCUGUACACCGAUAUCCCUAAAAGCUAAUGAAAUGUAAGGUUCAGUGCCUGUCACUUAGACAUGCCUUUGUUUGGGUCCUGUAUCCCAUUUUGCAUUAGGAAUUUUGUGUUACUUUUCUUGAAGAAGAUUGGCAAAAUUAUAUAUAUACUUCUGGCCUUACAAAAUCUGCAUCUGUCCCUGUGAGAACAAACGAAGGACUCUCAUUACUUUUUCUACUAGAAAUCUCAUUUGUUGGAUAUAUUUUUAAGGAAUAUAGUUGUGAGUUAAUUUAAUUAUCUCUCUGUAACUAUAGAGUGGCUUUCUCCUAAUAUGUAUUAUAUGUAACAUACAAGGAGAGAGUUGCACUUUUGACAUAUUUUAUGUGUCAGUUCUGAAUGAUAGGAAAACAAUGAAAUUUUAAUUGUAGCUCUUUUUCUUAGUUUGGAAAGAAAUAUGGAGAUAUUUGAGAUUUGAAUGCAGAUGAGUCAAGAAAUUUUAUUUUAGGUUAACCCUGCUUCAUUUCACCCUGUGUGAUAUGCUGCAUGUUGGUAUUGAUCGUGUCUACAGAGCUACAUUUCCUGACUUUCCUAACCAUUCAAAGUCAGGAACCAAAGCAUGUCAUUGUGUAACUGAAGAGAAGCUCACGGCGGAUGUAAGUUAGAGUAGAUAAUGAGUCAUUUUGACAGCUUCUGCUUACAUUAUUUAUAUAAAGGUAGAAGAAGUAUUAGGGCUUCCCUGGUAGCUCAGUGAUAAAGAAUCUAUCUGCGAUGCAGGAGAUGUGGGUUUGAUCCCUGGGUUAGGAAAAUCCCCUGGAGGAGGGCCUGGCAACCCACUCCAGUAUUCUUACUGGGAAAAUCCCAUGGACAGAGUUUAUUACCUAUAAAUGUAUUUUAGGUUAAUUUUCUGAGAAACUAUUUUUAAUUUAUCUCAAUAUAUAUAAUACCUAAAAAUGUAACCUCUAGGGAUUAUUAGUACUGUACUUAGGAAGAUAUUUUAAUAGUCAAUUUUGGGAGAUAAUCCUUUCUUUUUUUGGUUGCAUUUACAAAUUAGUUGGCAUCUAAAAAUAAAUGCUUGGUCUAUUUUUAGGUCUGAUACAAAUUCACAAAGGUGUUCAUCAUGGUCUCGCCGAAAGUUCAUCAAUUUUCCAUAUGUUGUGAGAUAUUGUCAUCUCAUCAGGAUAAGUGAUAUUUUUGAACCAUUUCUCUGUUCCUUUUAGUUAAUCAGUGAUUCUCUUUAUUUUUCAUUUUUUUGACAAGUUAUUUUCAAAAUAAGAGUGAGCCUUAAUUUAACUUUACACAAUUACUUGAUAUUCUUAGCAUGAAAUUACCACUUCAGUUAGCUGUGGGUACUUAGGAGGCCCUGCCACCUUCUCUUUGUUACCAUUGGCUUUAAAAUAUCGGUGGAGGAUGGUUAUGGUCUCCAAAUAAUUAUCUGUUACCUGUGUGUGUUUUGGCUACUUGGACCAAGGGUACAUGUAUAGUAUCAAUAACUGCCUUAACAGUUUUAUAGAUAACAAUCUCUCAAGAAAGAGAAACUGUGGAACAUUAGAUAUCUGGGAGCCAUACAGAUGGAUGCACUGGUUUGAAAGUGAGCAUACGUUUUUUCCCUCAACAGAUACACUACUGAUUUUAUUUUUUAAAGUAUGACUUUCAAGUGAAUUAAUUUUUUGGUUAGAAGAUUUGCUUCCUGAGUCCUUGUUACCUCUUGUUGAAGCCUCUAAAGGGCAUGUUGAAAGCUAAAGAGAGAGAAAAAAAAGACCAAUGCACAGUUAUCUCAUUUGCAGUAGCGACUGUAUUUGAGUUGUGCAAUAGGGUAUUUUGCACAGCAUCUUGUGGGAAAACAAUCUAGGCCUUUGGAUGUUACAGCUGUGUAGCUGGCUGGGUUUGAGAGGCCUGACUUAAAUGAGGAUUGUGAAGUUAGACUCAGCUUAUUUCUACUGAUUAGCAUUCUUCUGUGCAUACUUGGAAAUACAUUCACAGCGCACUAGAAGGCGAUGCAGUUUGGUUCCCUGGUUUGAGUUUGAACUGUCUUAUUUUAAAGGAUUUCUGAAUUAUUUUUUCCUUACAUUUCUCCUUCAUUCCAAAUCUUAACUCACUGACUAAUGGACUAUAAAGUAAAAAUACUUUGGAAGAGUAAGCACAGAUUGUUUCAAAUGAAUGUAUGCUUAUAAUAGAACAGAAAUUAUCUACAUUAAACUACUGUGCAUGUCAAUUACUUCAAACACUACCACAUAGCACUUUUAAGUUACUCUGGAAGCAAAAAAGAAAUAUAUAUAUAUAUAUAUGUGUGUGUGUGUAUAUAUAUAUAUAUAUAUAUAUAUAUAUAUAUAUAUAUAUAAAACAUAUAUGGUUUUCACACAAACCACAAGAACCAUUCAAAGAUUUUAAGUGGUCUAGAAUUAUUUAUUUUCUUUUUUUAAAAAGUCUGGGAUCAUUUUGAUCCUCUUUUUGGAGAAAUUUUUUGUCUGAUGGUUUUCCCUUGUGAAUGUUAUUACUACUGUUAGAAAUCUAGAACUAAACUAUUGAUGCUUCUAUCUUGAAAACAGGGUUCAUCUUUUGCCAAUAUCCAUGUUCUAAGAAUGGCAUAUCACUCGACUCUUGCUUAUUGUGAACACAGGCAUUUGCCCCCAAUUUUUUAUCUUUUUGUAUAUGGAUUAUAGCACUAUAGUCAUGAAUUUUCAGUGGUACCUCUCAGUAUUUGGGGAACGUUGCAAACAUAAGCAUUGGAUGUGUUAAAAACAAAACAAAACAAAACAACAAAACAUCACUUAUUACCAUGUAAUGCAGUGUCUUCUCUUAGGGUGGACAAACGUGUAGAAUUGUUUCACUGAUGCUACAUGUUGAUAACCCACAGUUUUAUAAGAAGUACAAGUCACAAAGAGGAGAAACAAAGGACUUCUUGUACUGGAUGCUUUGAGAACUUAAUUUUUCCUAGUUUGCUAUCAGAGUUUUGAUGCUGGGUUUGUUGUGCUUGGUUUUUAGAUUUCAUACGGUAUAUUAGAUGGUAGCAAUGCACUGGUAGAGAUGGUUUUUACUUAUUGACUCUGAAUUCAUUUCACUUUGAAUCUUUCAUGUUGUCUUCUGUAUGUAUAACUGUAUCGACCCUAUAAAAAAUGGGUUUAGUGAGUUUUGUGUUCAGAUUUGACCUGGUAACAAUAAUUUGUUUUUCAACUAUCAAGGGACAGAAAAUAUCCAUGUGUAUUGGUAUGUUCAUUAACAUAUUAUUAGGUACUAUAUGUGAAUGUAUUUAAAUGCCUUUCAUAAUCUCUGGCAAGAAUCUGUAAUUUGCACCAAGGGAAUCAAUUUAGCCCAGUGGGAAAAUAGUUCGGUUACCCUGGAGGGCUGUGUCGGCAGCUGUCUCUUUGAUCUGUGCUUAGAUUGUAAUGAAUAGACCAGGCAGCCAGCCUUGUCCAUUAACUUGGGUCUGGAAUGCAUUCCCCAUGACCUUGGACUGUUUCUCUGAUUGGAAGAGGGAGGGAGGUGGGUUUGGCCUGAUGCUCUCAAGUAGAGGAACAAGAAGUCCAGCGGAGGGAGAAAGCCUCACCGUUCUAAACACUCCUCAUCUGUGGCAGUGUUUCUUCCUCUGAGCAUUGUGAUUGUGAGCCUUGGCUAAUGGGAUUGUGUGUAUUUCAUACAAAUUUUACACGAUAUCCAUUGAUAAAUUCUUAAGGAGCAAAAUUCCUUUUCUGCAUCUGUAUUCCAAGAUAAUAGAAGUACUAAGAUAUUUAUGAAAAUACAAAUGACUCACAGGGACUUUCCUUUGUGGAUUGUGCAGUGUUUCUUAGGAUUCUCUGGCACUGAUACCUUUACCAGCAUGUGAUAUGUGAAAUAAAAUGGAUUUUUCUACAGCUUAAUGAUUGCCCUCUGGGGAGAGUUCUGGUACAGCAAUCACACUACCAGAUGGUGUUUAUGGGCUAUUUGUGUAAGUGGUAAGAUACUAUGAAAUAAGUGUGCUUUCCUCUGGUGGAAACUCUUGAUGCAUGUGUUUUCUUGUGGAAUAAAUUUUGGUGCAAUAUGAUGUCACUCAGUGUUGCAUUGCAUUUAUUUCAGUUGUAUUUAUGUACAUGUAUACCUGUCAUGGUUCUGGUUCAAACUUUGUAUACCUAUUUUUGUACAUAUUUUUAGUAGAAAAUACUUUAAAUGGAAAUUAAAUAAACAUUUGAUAGUUUACCUAAUAAAA